AUGGCGACCCUGGCGGAGAAGCUCGAGAAGAUCAAAUCCCCCAAGCUGCAGAAUCAGCACCAUACUGCCGUGGUGCUCUCCGCAGUCGAGGAUACUCUUCGCGAUCAAGGGGCAGACUUUUCUGCUACCGCAUAUUUCGCAGCUCUGCUCGCUCUAUUGUCACAGUCGCUUUCUGCUUCCCAAGGCAUCGUCAAUAAGGACCUCGCGACCUCGGUGGUCUACCUUCUCGACAUCACAACCGCCUACGUCCCCCACCCCAUUCUUCGCUCAAAAUUCGCCCAGAUCCUCUCCAGUCUUGCUCCCGCUCUUUCGUUGCCUGAAGUCGAAGCCCCGCUUCUCCGACCGUCUAUUGGCUGUCUCGAAUCCCUCCUCAUCGCCCAGGAUGCCGCUGCUUGGAAUCUCCCACACACCCAGGUUGGUCCGCGACGGGCGACCGCGGGAUUGCUGAGUCUGGCCGUGGACCACCGCCCCAAGGUGCGUAAGGGGGCCCAGGAAUCGCUCGUCAAGGUUCUCAAGUCUCCCCCGCCUAGCCCAUCGCUCGAUCACCCAGCCGCCGAUAUGUGUGCGGAAACCGGAUUGCGAACUCUGGGAGAUAGCAUUGCCGCAGCAUCCAAACAGAAGAAGGGCCGUCACCACGAUCCCAACGGCCGGGAUAACCAUGACCCUCUCGUCAUUCACUCGCUGCAACUGGUCAAGACGAUUGCGACCGCGUCGGGCGGCUGGCCGAGCAAGAAGAUCGAGCCGCUUUGCGAAUUGCUCAUGAAUGCAUCCCGCUCCACCAACGAGUAUAUCACCAUGGGCGCGUUCGAGGUUUUCGAGGUUAUUUUUGCUGGAAUGGCCGAUGAGUUCUCAUCGUCGAAGCUCCCCCGUCUCUUAGAUGCGAUCUCCGAGUUGAAGCCCGCCCAGAACGACUCUCAGCUUCUUCCCCCGUGGAUUGCCGUCUUGUCUCGUGGUUACGAUGUGUCCGCUCAGAUUAACCCCGAAGAUACUUUCGAGAAACUCCCCGCUUUGUUCAACCUGGUUGCUAGUUUCCUGGUGUCUCCCUCGAGCAACAUCCGAGUCUCCGCAUCCGAGUGCCUAAUCUCCUUCCUGGCCAAUUGUAUUCCGAGCAGUGUGAUUAUCGAGCCGUCGAUCUACGAUGAAAAGAUCCUCGAGAAGCUGGCCCGGGCUGCCACCGAUCUGCUUUCCGUCAAGUACCAGAUUGCGUGGGCUGAGGUGUUCAACGUUUGCUCUGCCAUGUUCGAUAGCUUCAAGUGGCGGUCCAGCCCGUAUUUGGAUGACAUUGUCAAGACUGUUGGGGAGUUGCGCAGCAACGAAUCUUUCCGCGGAAAGAAGGAGGCGGAUUCGGUUCUCGCAAGUGCCGUUGAAGCCAUGGGUCCUGAGGCGGUUCUGAACAUCCUGCCUCUGAACAUCAUCGAGCAGAAGGCUGGUCAGCCAGGCCGUGUCUGGUUCCUUCCGGUGCUUCGUGACAGCGUUACCAACACAAACCUCGCUCAUUUCCGCUCUGAACUCGUGCCUCUGAGUGAAGCUCUAUUCCAAAAGGUCAUGGACUACGGAUCUGCGGACAAGAGCGUGGAGGUGAAGAUCUUCGAGACGCUCGUUCAGCAAACUUGGGCCGUUCUUCCGGGAUACUGUGAGCUGCCUUUGGAUCUUAUCGAAUCCUUUGACCAGGGCUUUGCCGAGCUUCUUUCCAACGUUCUCUACAAGCAAACCGAGCUGCGUGCUGAUGUCUGCAGGGGAUUGCAGACCUUGGUCGAGUCGAACCAGGCGGUUUUGGAGGUUGAGAGCGAGGGCGACGAUCUGAUUCUCCAGAGGAGAAUCACCAAGGCCGCAGCCAAGAAGAACAUUGCUCAUCUGGCUGGGUUUGCCAGCAACCUGCUGGCCGUUUUGUUCAACGUGUACAGCCAGACUCUACCCCACUACAGAGGUUACAUCCUGCAGUGUAUCAACGCCUACCUGAGCAUUACACCCGAGAAGGAGCUCAAUGAUACAUUUGCUCGUGUCGCCUCGAUGCUCGAGUCCUCUGUGGUUUCGGAGCAAGAGAAGGCCACGCAGGGUAACCAGCAAUCGUCUGGUGACAAGAUGCCGCCUACUUCGCACACAUUGAUUGAUCUUGUCAUUGCCAUGUCGAUCUACUUGCCCCGCUCGAGCUUUGCCAACCUAUUUGCCAUGGCUGCGGCUAUCCUGAAUGGUCAAACUGGUGACCAGCAGCUGAUCAAGAAGGCCUACAAGUUGAUUCCCCGACUAGCUUCGACAGAGACCGGAAGUGCUGCGCUUGUCGAGCGGAGCGCGGAGCUUCAGACCCUCUUCCUUUCCACAGCAGACAAGACACCGGCUUCCGCUCGUCGGGACCGCAUGCUUGCCAUCUCCGAACUCAUCUCGUACCUACCGACCUCGGAUCUGCACUUCAUUCCUUCCGUCCUUUCCGAGGUUGUCCUUGGCUGCAAGGAAAGCAAUGAGAAGGCUCGAACCGCCUCGUUUGACUUGCUGAUUCACCUCGCCAAGAGAACCGUCGACUCUGAACGGAACCCGCCAGGCACCAAGAUCCGCAACUCCUUGGUACCCCAUAUGCCGGACGAUGCACCAGAUGCACCAGCUACGAUUGAGGAGUUCUUCACCAUGGUGUCAGCCGGUCUGGCCGGUAGCUCGCCGCACAUGGUCGCCGCCUCCGUCACUGCGCUCUCCCGACUCUUCUUUGACUUCCACACCGAGCUUCAGCCUGCAGUGCGGUCCGAUUUGGUGCAGACAGUCGAACUGUUCCUGACUAGCAACAACCGCGAAAUCGUCCGCUCCGUGCUAGGAUUCGUCAAGGUCGCCGUCGUGGUGGUUUCUGAUGAAGAACUUCGCCCGCGUCUCGACUCCAUGGUCCCUAACCUGAUGGCAUGGAACAAGGAGCACAAGGGCCGUCUCCGCAGCAAGGUCAAGGGAAUUCUGGAUCGCUUGAUCCGCCGAUUCGGUGCUCCUCUCCUGGAAAGCUUGGUGGGUGAUAACGAUCGGAAACUGGUGGUCAAUAUCCGUAAAGCGCGUGAAAGGAGCAAGAGAAAGAAGAAGGAAGCCGGCGAGGCCGGCGAGGAUGAUGAUGAGGAGGAAGAAGCCGACAAGGGCAACAACAAGUCCUUCGGCAACGCCUUCGACAAGGCCGUCUACGACUCUGACUUCUCGGACGACUCGGACGAUGACGCCAGCGAGAUCGACGUCGACGAAGAGGGUGUCACCCACGCCAAGGGCAGAAAGGGCAAAGGCAAGGGCAACAACAAGCAGUCAGAGCAGUACAUCCGCGAAGGAUCACCCGAAGACAACCCACUGGAUCUCCUGGCCCCCAACGCCCUGGCUAACAUCUCCACGACUAAGCCCAGCGUCCGCUUCCUCAACACCGGCCCGGGCUCUCGGAAACAGCGCAAUGCCAAAUUCGGACCCGACGGCCGUCUUCUCCUGGGCGGUGACGACGAAGACGCCGACAUGUCCGGUGGUCUGGACGCUGACGCCAACGCCACACCGGGCGAUGGCAUCAACGCGUACCUCAACGCCGUCAGCGGCCCCGACGCCGCCCGCCGCGGCCAAAAGGGCAAGAUCAAGAUGUCGCAGAAGAACAAGGGCGGCGAUAGCAUGGAUCUGGACGAAGAAGACGAAGGCGUUGUCUCCAAGGAGGACUUCCGUGCCGCCAAGGGCCCCAACUCUGGUCGUCGUGGUUUGGGAGCACCUAAAGCCCACGGACCCGGUGGUGGUAUUCAGAAGCCUCGGAGAGGUGGUAUGAACAACGGCCGAGGAGGCAGAGGCAGGGGAGGAGGCAGAGGAGGAGGCCGGGGUAGUUUCCGUGGGAAUAGAAGGUAA